UCAAGGAAUCUGGAUUCGCCAUUCGCGAUAGAAAAACAUUGAAUGAGCGUAUAAACGCCUCAUCGUACUAUUUUCCGAAAAUGAUACCAUUAAUAAUACAAUGCGGGAUAUUGAUCAUUAGCAUUUAUUUUGGACAAUGGCUUUGGGAAUAUUACACACUUCGAAAGAUCUUGAGUUGCAUACCUGGACCUAAAUUACUGCCAUUUGUGGGUUUAUCUUGGCAUAUUAUAAAUACACCUCCUGAAGAUCGAUUACAAUGGGUUCAAGGCUUGUGUCGAAAAUUCAAAAAAGGAAUGAUUUUAACUUGGAUCGGUAUCGAGCCUGUUAUAAUAUUGAAUACACCAAAGUAUAUGGAGAUUGUUCUGUCAAGUAAUACACAUAUAACAAAAUCAAGAAUUUAUGAUAUUAUGAAGCCAUGGCUCGGCAAUGGCCUACUUACAUCGACUGGUGAUGUAUGGUUCAAACAAAGACGGUUAAUAACGCCAGCAUUCCAUUUCAACAUAUUAGAGGAAUAUGCAGUUGUUAUGAGAGACAAAGUCGCGAUACUAAUAGACUGCAUAGAAUCACACCUUCAAAAAAAUAAAAGUCUUCCAGUCAACAUUUUUGAGUUGGCUACCAGAUAUACUCUCGAUACAAUUUGCGAAGCCGCUAUGGGUAUGAACAUUAAUUCACAAUUGGAACCAAAUGGUGAAUAUGUUACAGCAUUGCACAAUUUCUCCAAAUUGUCUACAGAAAGAUAUUUUAGAUUUUGGCUUAAAUGGAAUGCCGUUUAUUAUCGUACUCAAGAUGGCAAAAAAUAUCUACAAGCUAUGAAAGUCAUGCACGCUUUUACUGAAAAAGUUAUUCUACAAAAACAUUUUGAAAGAAAGAAUAUCCAACCAAGCGCUAUAAAUGAAAAUGAUGUUGAUGAAUUUGGCACGCGAAAACGAAAAGUUUUUCUAGAUUUAUUACUUGACGCAAGUGAAAAAACUGAGAAUCCAUUAACAUUAGAAGAAAUUCGAGAAGAAGUCGACACAUUUAUGUUUGCCGGUCACGAUACGACUUCCGCUGGUAUCAGUUGGGCACUAUUUGCUCUCGGAAAUGCGCCAGAUGUUCAAAAGAAAGUGCACAAAGAACUAAAAGAGGUAUUUGGUAGUGGAACUGAACCAGCGACAACGAAACAGUUAAACCAAUUAAAAUAUCUAGACAGAGUCAUAAAAGAAGUACUCAGACUUUAUCCUAGUGCACCUCUCAUCGGCCGAAAAUUAGAUAAAGAUGCUGUUAUAGAUGGCUAUUCGAUUCCAAAAAACACAAUUUUGAAUAUACAUAUUUAUCAGUUACAUCGGAAUCCCGAGGUUUGGGACGAUCCAGAAAGAUUUGAUCCAGAUCGCUUUUUACCAGAAAACAUUCAUACAAAAAGUCCGUACGCAUAUGUUCCAUUUAGUGCUGGACCGAGAAAUUGCAUCGGCCAAAAAUUUGCAAUGUUAGAACUGAAAACCGCUUUAACUGCUAUUCUUCGUAAAUGGCAUGUUUCUAGCGUACUAAAGCCGUCAGAAAUAAAAAUGGUACUCAACUUUAUAUUGAGGCCGCAUAAUGAAACAAUUGAAUUAUGUUUCACGCCUUUAGAAGAUAGUUAUGAAUAGAUUUAUAUUACGUUAUUUUUUUGUAUCACUAAAAAACAACAAAAAUAUACGACGAUCAUAAAAUUUGACAAAACUUCA